CAAAAAGGGGUGAAGGAGAAAUAAGGUGCAGGAAGGGCGAGAGGAAGGAGUGUAAUUGUAAUAUUCGGAAUAAUGACCUGAAAAUGGGAAAAGAAAAAUGAGGAUUUGAUGGAAGCGUGAAAAAGAUCAUCUGUCGAAGGAAACUAGAAAAAGAGGGGAGUUGAGUGAAUGGAGAGUACAUAAAUAUAAGUGAACGUAAGCUGUUGAUAUACUUUUAUUAUGACCAGAGUUUUCUGGUUUUUUCCACACCUAUAUAAGCUUCUACAGAAAAAGAAAUGGAAAACCCGGGAAAGCAGUCGAGCCUUUGGAAAUCUUCAAUCAGUUGAACAAUUAUUACUAUCGGUACAUUGGAGCACUGUGUAUAUUUCUGUGCAACGGAGGCGGCUAUGUAGCCACCAAUUUUGAAUUUGAAAAAUGACCGUUAAUCCACCAAAUAAACUAACCUCAAAAUGAACGAAAAUUUAUUUAAAGAAAUUGUAUUAAUUUUAGAAAAGGCCCAAAACAGCACUUCCACCCACCAAAAGUGCCGAACGCUCCUGCUUAACGUCCUCAAAGUGUCCGAUCUCGACGAGUUUUAUCUUUGCUUCGAGAGGCUGCUGGGGGUAGUUUUAAACGCAAAUCCGAAGGACAAAAACAUUUUCGCGGAACGUGCCAUCGAGUUUAUUACCUCGUUCUGUGCGUCGACGCAGGAGACCAGCGAGGGGUCAUUUUUCGAAAGCGUUUUAAACUUUUUAUUAAGCCUGCACGAUUUGCAUUCGGACGUCGUUCGAUUUCGAGUGUGUCAGCUUGUCGGCAAACUGCUCGACGGUCUUAAAGGGAACGAGCUGACCGAAGUCCUCUGUAGGGAGAUCGAGGAGGCGAUGCUCGAACGGGUGCAGUUCGACAGCAAAUCGCAGAUCCGAUGUGAGGCAGUUUUAGGCGUUUAUCGUUUGCAGAACGUCGAGGACGUCCACUGUGAAGUGAUUCCGGUGCUGACACUUCACAUGUGCAAUGAUCCAAGUUUUAAGGUUCGUAAAAGGGCUUGGGAUAACCUUUCCCUUUCUGUACCGAGUUUGUUAAGCAGGUCGGUUGAAUUUCAGGUCAGAAAGGUUUGCAUCGAGAAGGUGCACGUCAGACGAGAGGUGGUCGCCGCGCUGGUGUCACGGACCCGAGACGUACACGGCGACGUGCGGCUUGCCGCGUUUAAACGGCUAUCGAAACUGGUUAAGAUACUGAAGAUAUCGGAUCGACACACUGUUCUCAUUAACGGCUUUUUAGACCAUUCCAAGGACGUGGUGAACUACGUCAGCAACCAGUUCGUAGUCGAGUGGCUGAAUGAGUACGAUAACGAUUACUUGAACCUACUGCGCGCUUUGUGGAUGGAUUUCAUCGAGAAGCAUAUUGUCGAAUCGACUCGUGUGAUUGAGCUGGUUUUAAAGGCGUUGUUCAGAGUACGCCCGUACGAAGAGCUAUUGGAGGUCCUUCACAUCGGCGACAACCGACUGCUAUCGGUGAACACCUUAAAUUGGGUGUUAGUGGUUUAUUGGCGGAUCCUUAUCGAGCACUUUCGAAAUGUGGAGUGCUGCGAGAAUCUUCUGGACAGUAUCCUACCGGAACCUGUGCAUUUCGCCUCGUUCAUUCGGGAAUAUAUCGGAAGUGUGAUGAGCGGCUUUCCUGAAUCACAGUUUGUUCUAAACGAGUUUUUCAUAAUCGCGCGAGGCUACGAUAUAUCGGACACCGUGAGUCGGCACGCGCUGACGAAAUUGGUUUUGGACACCGCUCGCAGUUUCGAUCUGUUUCCCGACGUCGUCGUGACGAUGGUGGGUAAUUUGAGGACGACGAUUCCGAACUUGGACGAAAGGAUCGAGCGCGUUAGCGAGACGAUCUCGGACAUUCUGUAUCCGGCCGUCGAAGACGCGAGAACUCCCCAAUACGAGUUUGAAAUGGCCACAAUGAAGAUUCGCAUACACACCAUGGAAGAACAAUUGAGGCUGGCCGUGCAAGAGGAGGACUACGACACCGCCGCCAAACUUAAGCAGGAAAUCGACGCGUCCAAAGCGAAAUUUGAGGAAUCGAUUCCGCCACCCGUCACGAAGACCACCGACAUUCCGAGCAUAAUCAAGUGCUUAAACAUCGCCAGAGCGUUACUGCUCUCGCGAGACGUAACAUGCUUAAAUCCGACCCUGCGAACGCUAAACGAGGACAUCACCUCCGAUUUUUUGGCGCACGACGACCUGACCGUGCGGCAGAGAUCUUUGGAGUGCUACGCUCUCUGCUGCCUGAUGGACCGCAAAUGGGCCGAGAAGGGCAUUCUUAUCUUCACCUCUUGCAUUCUAGCAAAUUCGUUAUCGCCGACCAACGACGUUCACUCGUUAAUAAUCGCGAUAAAGUCCGUGUCGGAUUUGUUCGUAUUGCACGGCGAGUCGAUCGUGGAGCAAAACGAGGACGAGGAUCUGCCGAAAAUUUCGACGACGGCCAUCAUCCAGAGCCUCGUCGAUCUGAUGAACGACGAGAACGUCGAACUGCAAGAGUGCGCGACCGCGGCCCUUUGCAAUUUGAUCAGGCGCGGUCGUAUACACUCGCCCCCCCUCAUCAGCCGCAUGAUACUGAAGUGGUGCAACCCCGCCUGCAACGACUCUGAACAGUCGCGACACAUAAUCGGCAUCAUGCUCGAGGAGCUUCCGACGCUGACCGGCGCGUCAGACCUACUGGAGAAUUGCGUACUGCCGACCGUUAAAACGCUAUACAAGGCGCCGAAAUCCAGCCCUCUGGCCGACGUGAAUCUCUACUCGAUCGUCAAAUUUAUGCUGUCGCUUUGCUCGAUAUGCGAAGAGAAUCAAAAUUUGCAUUGCAAUUUAGCCGUGAAAAUCUGCACGGAAAUUGCCGACAAGCCCGAUCAAGGUAUUAACGUCGUGCUAUCCAAAGUACUGCUCCUGUUAGAAAUGAGGGCCGAUCGGGACCUUGUCGACGGACUCGCCAACAUUUGCGAAGACAUCUUGGAGGAUACCAACAACCGUGCGGUUCAGAAGAACGUGGAAAAGUUUAAGGUGCUGCUCCUUAGUGCAGGAAGUGAAUCGGAGGAGAUGCCCGCAAUACAAGAAGUUGAGGAAUGAAGUUAAUUUACAUUUUAUGAUAUAUCUAUAGAUAGUGGGUGUAGGUAAAUAGUUCUAACGUGCACUUGUUAUCUAAAAUUAUUUUAUUUUGGAUAAGCAUCUUUAAUUUU